UGCAGCGAGAAGCAAAGAGUGAGAGAGGGAUUUGUUUUCCUUUUCCCGGAAAAUUUGGUUCGGGGAAGAAAGAAAAUAAGGGGGAAAACCAGAGCAGAUACUCUCUCCUCUCCUUUCUUCUUCCAUCUCCCCCUUCCCCCACCCAAUUUUCAAUCUUCUUUCCGCUAUUUGGUUCUGGAUCUUCAGAUUUCUGCAUUCUUUCCUUCCCCUUCAUCCCUCUUUGUUGUUUGUUUGGUUUGAUUGAAUGGUUUUCCUAUUCCUUCCUUCUAUUCAAUUUGUCGUUAUUCCUCUAAUUUUCUCUCUCCCUCUUUCUGUUUGUUUCACGCGAUUUUCUCCACCGACUUCCAGCUGUUGCAUAAUCGCGAUUCCCGUGGUCGGUUUCGGGCCGAUCUCUUGAUUCGGAGGACUCCGCCGCUCGAAUCCGCAUUGCGACACCCCACUUGAUCUGUCUCGUUUGUGGGCGAGUUGAGGGGAAAUCUGGGUGCUCCCCAAUUGGGAUCACUUACCCGAGAAACCGAAGGGGAAAAAAUCCGCCAUCUUCGUUUUCUUGGCUGUUAUGGGUUGCUGAGUUUCGGAUAAAAAAGGGUUCUUUUUGGUUUUGUUGUUUGGUGUUCAUAGUUGGGGAGGGGUUUUCUGUGUGUCUCUUUAUGUUGGAUUGGGGACGCAGCAGAUGGAGAGGGAGGGUACGAAGGAAAUCAUGAUGAGUAAUUGUAAUCAUAGAUACAGUCAGUUUAGCAAUGAUUAUGAUAGGCAGCUGCAGAACGCUGAUGAUGAUUUAGGAGGAUUCGAUAAUUACAGUCACAAUUUUUUCAACAAUGCAAAUGGUUCUACUACUCCAUUCAAGCCCUCCAGCGGCGGGGGCACCUCCACCAACUCCUCGCCGACGACGUCGCCUGUCUCCCGUGGUUUCAUUGAGCAUCCGGUUUCAAAGUUCGAUACCCUCGCCGGCGUUGCCAUCAAGUAUGGCGUUGAGGUGGCCGACAUAAAAAAGAAGAAUGGCCUGGUUACAGAUCAUCAAAUGUUUGCCCUGAAAACACUCCGAAUUCCUCUACCUGGGAGACACCCUCCAUCCCCAUGUUUAUCAAGUGGUGCUGAGAACUCUGGGGGGAGCAACUUGGACCACUCGCCACUCGAUCGUGGAUACACGGAUCUCCUCGAUUCAUUUCAAACCCUGAGGCCAAAGUCUUCUUCUGGACGAAAGGCCUCUCCUGCAAUGACGUCUUUACAUGGUUACUAUGGUCUUCCUUCUCCUGCUGAUCUCAGAGUCUCUCCAGACACCAACCCUCCUUUAACCCAUCACCGGAAAUCCAGGAGCUAUGUCAAUGUUUUACUUGAUGAGAGCAAUGCUGCAGAUGGUGACUCCAUGGUAAGAAGACGGCAGAAAUCGGAAGCUGACUUCCCAAACAUGCUGAUGAGGGAAGAGAACAGCAAUGGUAGCGCUUCAGUAUCAGCAGGAAAAGCUGGAGGUAAAGGGUUAGCAUUAAGAGCCAAAUCAGCAAGCCGGAGUGCUUUGAUAGCAGAACUCGAGGCAGCAGCAGCAGCAGGCAGUUUGAGCCCUAAUAAACCAGCUGGUGCAGGAGGAGAUCCUGCGGACAUCGGUGACCUGGUUUCUGCAGUGAGGAAGUCUUCGAGCACUUCGAGCUUGAAUGAGACAGAUGGCAGUGGUGGUUCAUUCACAUGGCCGACUCCAAAAUGGAGUCUGAAAGCAGAUCUGCAGGCUUUGUCGGCUGCAGCCAUAGCUAGGCCCAUCUUCGAUGGGUUGCCGAAGCCCUUGAGUGGGUGGAGAAACAAAGCAGCUGUUGACUAGGGUUAGCCAUUAUAUACAUGCUACUACUACUUUUGAUGUUAUUUGCUGGAGAAACGGAUCCACAGUGUGGAAAAUUAUCCACUUUUUGAGGAGAGAGCCACGCCUAGCUGGCGAGCAAUGGGAUUGAAUUGUAUCGAGAUAUUUGAACUCUGAACAUAUAGCUAGAUUAUCAAAAUAGGGAAAAGAAAGCAAAAUUCGCAACUGUAAUAACGUGUCAUAGGAUCAUGUUUAGGGUCUUAUUAUUGGAUAUGAACAGAGGAGAGAAUGGUUCGAGUUACAUGUAAUCUUUAUAUAAUUUAUCAUUCCUUUACUUGAUACUAAUCUCUCUGAUAUGCUGAAGUCGUGAUGUGGACUGUAAUCUCGGAUGUAUUUGCAGGCGCAUCAACUGGUGAUAACAAUGUGUUUGCAGAGGAAGCAACUCUAACUCUGAUCUCGUAGAUUCAUUCCAUAACCUGAGGCCAAGAUCCUCAGCCGGAAGAUAGGUCUCAUACUCUCAUCCAGUCAACAUUUAACUGGAUGAGAACGACGGUUCAGAAAGCGACUACAGGUAAGAAGGCGGAAUAAAUCUGAAGCCGACAUCCACCAACAUGCUGAUGAGGUGAGUCAGUGGCAGUAGGAUUGGUUUGGCAACAGCUUGGAGCAUUAUAAUUGCAGAACUUGAGCCCUAAACCAGACGGUUUAAGAGAUCCAGGUGAUACCGUGCACCUGGUUUCUGCAGCAGGUCAUCGAGAGCUCGUUGAACAAGACAGAUGCUAGAGCUAGUCCUAGUCCUAGUCCAUUUGCAAUGGCCGGGUCGAAAAUACAGCCCAAAGGAAGACCUGUAUGCACUAUCAGGCGCAGUCAUUGCCUGGCUAUCGCUUCUUAUGCGAUCUAGCUGAAAAACUGGUGUGGAAACUGCCCACUUUUUUAUGAGAGAGCCAGCCAAGCCUGACCGGUAAUGAAUGAGAUUGAGUUGUAUCGAGAAAUUUAAGCUCUGAAUAUAUGGCUAGAUGAUCAGAACUGGAGACAUUCGGUUCGUGUACAUGUAUGAUUUGACUGUUUUUUUUACAAGAUGUCUCAUUUCUUCAAUUGAACAUCCUCGGAUACACAACCAAGACUGAUUAGCCUUGUGUUACAGGCUCGUUACAACUCAAAAUUUGCAUUUUUGCCAUACCUAGAGCGGGUUGGGUUGUUUCCCAGGUGACACAUUUGACUGGCGGUAGUUCGGUGGAAAAAUAAAUCAAGAAACA